AUGACGUUGAUAGUAAAACUAAUAAAACGACUUUUUAAAAACAAAGUCGUUACAUACCGAGUAGUGGAUUUAAUGGAUCAAUUAUCAAAUCAAAAAUCAAAAAAUAUAAUAUGUAUUAGCAUCGAAACAGAUAACAACCAUCGUCAAUUCUCUUAUUUCACAAUAGAUGAAUUAAUUAUUUUAUAUCAACAUUCAAAUGUUAUUGAACGCUCUAUUUAUGAAUUAAUGACACUUGUUAAUCAAGUUAAAGCAUAUAUUGAUUUUGAAUAUUAUAUUGAUAGUAAUCUUCACAUUAAAAAUUCUUAUAUUGGACCCACAUGUCUUUUGAAGAUAUUGUAUUUUUCAUUAAACUUACAUGAUCAUACAGUUCAAAACAACAGCGAUCAUAUCAUUCAUAUCUUACAACAGUUUCUCGUAUUAGAAGCAUCAACUUCCGAAAAGAUAUCAUAUCAUUUUAUUCAUGCAAAUCCAAGUGUAUUAUUCGAAAAUAAUCUUACUCUUGGAUUAUUUAUUAAAAGUGUUAUUCAUUAUUAUUUGUUUUUAAUUACACAACAUGAAUGCUCGUCAUUUAAAAUCAAUUUAAUUUCACAAAAGUACACGAUUUCUGAUUUACUGAUAUUAUUGACACCAUAUGUAAAUACAUUACGUACAUGUUGCAUUCAAUGCCAACUACAUAUUGGUUAUAUUACGAUUGCAGAAUUUGCUCACCUACUAGUAUUAGAUAAACAAAAGCACUUAAAUUUAGCAAUUGAUUUAAAUGUCUAUUGUAAAAAUCAACAAUUCAGAUUGUUUGACUCUAUUAAAAUAGGCAAAAGAAAUCCUCUUCGUCAAUCGACUUAUUUUCCGUUUAAUAAUUCACAAGAUUCUUAUUUUGAUGUUCUUCGUAAAUCAUUACUAACUUAUAUCGAAAUGAUUGACAUACCAAUAAUUUAUUUCAAAAACAAUCAAUUCAUUCAUACAUACACAAAUAAAACAAAUUUAUCAUCAACCUUCGAUAAUAAUCUUAUUAACUUAAAUAAAAUUAAUACUCAUAUUAAUACUAACUUUACGUUCGGAUCAAAUUCCACAUCUAUUAGCAAUAUAAAUGAAAUAAAUGUUUCACCAUUAACAAUACCACCAAUGAUCACCGAUUCAACUCAACCAGACAAAGAACGAUUUACAUUGUUUGUAAAGAAAUUAAUUCAAAUAGAUAAACUUCAUCAAGGUUAUAUUCGAUCAUGCGUACGUGGUAAUCGAAAUACAGAUAUAUUAUUCUAUAACAUAGAAGGAAACUAUCGAUUUUGUCCUCGCAAAGGUGCUCAUCAUCAACGCAAUACAAUAGCUAUAUUAAUAGAUACAAAAAAUUUGACAUACACCAUUCGAUGUAAAGAUGCUAAUUGUGACAACAGAUCAUUGAUAUGGAAAAUUAUUGAAUAA